GAGCUGGCCGCCAGCUCUCGGGGGGUGGGGACGGGGUGUGUCCUGGGGAACCCGCUGCCGAGAGAACAGCUAGCGCAGCUCGCGACGAGCCAUUGAGGACCAGGGUCACGCCGAGAGGCCGGAGGGGGCUCCAGGCAGCCUGGAGCUGACGGCGCCGGGCUGCGUCCUCUUCACCUGGGGGUGGGGGGUGGGGGCACGUACUUUGUGACCAGGAUGGUGCCGAGCCCCCUCUACGGCUGGAGCUUGCAGGGGUGCGGGGGUGUGAGUGGCGCUCCGCGGACUCGUGUCCACAGUACAGAGGACACGUACGGUUCGGCCGGGGGGCGGCUGCACCGGGGCCUGCCUCGCGGACCUGGACUCGGGACUCCGGGCGGCCCUGCCUGGUGCCAUUGCAUCAGCCAAGUCUCCCACCUCUCUGCUCGGUUUCCCGCCCCACCUUUCCCCUACUCCCGCAUCCCUGUCCCCUCACUUCCCUCCGCGAUGUCUCCAUCCGAGUAAGAAACGAAGCUGAACGCAUUGGUAACUGUGCUCAAGAAGAUGCAAUCGCGGGAGCCCUCAGGGUGGCGCACGGCGGAGAGGCGACGCGGGUGGCGCUGCAGAGGCGUCCCCACCCCCUCCGGGGACCGGGGCCCCGGAGCUGCCAGGCCCGCUGCACGCGGCGGCGCGGGAGAAACCACGGGACAGCAGCGCCCCCUGCAGGUGCCGGGCGCCUCCGCAGCCGCUGCGCGGACCCGACUCUUAAGGUGGCACCACCGGGUUCCCAGCCCGCGCGCAACCCGCAGCCCUGGCUCCAUCCGCCGCACUUCUCCCUGUAGCGGCGGGCCUGACCGUCCGGAACGGCCGGAGUGUGCUGAUGCCUGCUGCUAUCUGCUUGAUCCCUUCACCCUACCUCUCAUCCAGGACUUCUUCCGCGGAUGCGCAGCUAGCGAUUUCGACAGGCGAGAUUGAAAAUUCCGGGCGAGUAUAUGAGGAUGAGUAAAUCCCGCUUCAGGGAGGAACGACCAGAAUGACAUUUCUUUAAGCCUAAAUCAAACUUUUAUUUUUGUUUAUAAAAAGCAGAAGGCCAGCAGGAAAGGGUCGCGGAGGAUUGGCACGUCCACAACCGUAGGACUCUUGGAUCCAAGUUUUUAGGGUGAGACUGGGCGGUCCGGGGUUCUCCUUCGGCGCUCACACCCCGCAAGCUCGUGGGCAGGUGCAGUGCUAGAGGCCGGGGGCAGUGGCGGACCCGCAGGGUAACCUUGUCUAGCGCACCUCCCGAGCCCCCAGCAGCAGCCCACUCUCGUCCGAAUGCUUUGUUUAUUUGGUGAUACCAGGGAACAUGGAGAAGAUCGAAGUUCAGUUUUUCUUUUUUCUUUAUUUUAAAUAUUUUUCUUAACUAAAUGGUAUGUUUAUGUGAACCCAUCAUCUCUUGGAAUUAAGUGUCCUCAGCGAACUCCAGAUUCCUAGGGGAAACCUACGUGCCCAGAGCAGGAAACGCACAAGUCAAUUCAGGUUCCGGUGCCAUCCGCAGUAAAUUCCCUUCCUUUUGCUCCAAAUUCCUCCUCUGCGUCCAGGAGAGGGACCCCCGGGACUCCCGCACACCCAGGACCGGGAGCGGCAGAGCAGAGGGUGGGUGCGAGGGCGCGAGGGAAGGGUGGCGGCCUGCGGACCUGGGGCGCGCAGUUUCCCGGCUCCGUGGGAACCUCCAACCCCAGGGCGCGCGGCCUAGGCUCCGCCCUGCCAGGCCUGGGGCCGAGCGGCCCACCUAGUGGGGUCCUGACCUGGGGAAGCCGAGUCCGCGCGCGGGUCGGGCCGCGACAAGGGAAGCUCGCCUGGGCAAGUGCCGCGCGGGGUCAGACCCACCCCAGGGGUUGCAAACCGCAAGCGAAAGUCGAGAGGGGCUGGAGCUUUUCCUCUGAUCCGUUUUACACUGUGAAAACCGCAGGCCUGUCGCCUAGGCGGCCACUUUUAAAUUGGGAAGCAAAUAGACGAAAAACCAAAACAAACCUACGAGCUGACUUUUCCCAGCUAAGUUUCCCCUCAAUAAAAAGCCCGCUUUCUGGGAAAGAGAGAAACUGAUCCGCGCUCACGAUUGCUUUCUUGGAGAUUCUGGGGGCACUGGGGCGCGCAGGAGGCGCGGCGACAACCCCAGCGCGCAUGGGGCAGCCUGGACUGUGCCCCUCUUACCACGCUCCUUCCCAGGCUUCUCCGUGCUUCUCUCUCCACUGGGGUCCCGCCUCUCCACGGGUCACGCCGAGGCUAUAUGCUGCUUGCAAGGGGUCCGCGCUUUCUCGUUCGGCGGGAAAGGCACAUGUUGGAGCUCGAUGUUGGGGCUCAGGGUGUGGUUGAUUUGUCUGCUGAUCUGGGUUUCUUCCCAGCACCGGGCAGGAAGUGUAGGAGUUUGGGUCGCCAGUCCAGGGACUCGGGAAACUUCCAGGCCAACCAGAAGAAACACUUGCAGACACCUUUCUAAUGUCACAGUUUUCCCCAGGGGAAAAAGCAGAAGUUGCUGGGCACAUCACCCAGCACCCGGGCAAACUCUCCACUUACCUCGCGCCCUGCUAGGGGGUGUUGGGGGCCCUCCGGGAACCCCUAGAUGAGCAAGCAAAGUCGCAAGAAGUGGGGUGGGGAACGCUCACCCGAUAAACCAUGCACCAGACUUAAUCAGCCUGUAAUGCUUACUCUAAAUCUAGGCCCAUCUAGGCCAGGUGGGCUGAGUCUUGGGAUAGUGGGUGUCUCCUUCCUAUGUUGAUACAUUAAGGAUGCCAUAUGGACAAUUAUUUUUAGUCAAAUUUGUGGUCCUGGAGAUAGAAAGAGGAGAAGAAGAGAGAAGAAAGACAGAAGAGCUUUAUUGUUCUUUUUUUUUUUUUUUUUUUUUUUUUGAGAUGGAGUCUCGCCCUGUUGCCCAGGCUGGAGUACAGUGGCGCUAUCUUGGCUCACUGCAACCUCCACCUCCCCGGUUCAAGCAAUUCUCCUACCUCAGCCUCCUGAGUAGCUGGGACUACAGGCAGCCGCCACCAUGCCCAGCUAAUUUUUUUUUACUUUUAGUAGAGAUGGGGUUUCACCAUGUUAGCCAGGAUGGUCUCUAACUCCUGACCUUGUGAUCCGCCCACCUCAGCCUCCCUAGGUGCUGGGAUUACAGGCGUGAGCCACCACGCCCGGCCUUAUUGUUCUUAUAUUAAAACAAAAGAACCUAGAAAAAAAUUGCUUGGUUAAAUUGUGGAGAGGAAGGGAGGGAAGGAAAAUGAAGGCUUUUCUUCUUUGUUCUUUAAAAGUCCAAGCACUUUCUUUCAGAAUCAAAAUGUAGAGAGGCAGUCAGUCUUGGAGUAUGCUUUUGCAUUUUAGGAUACUACUCAUUAAUUCAGUUUUAAAGCAUUCACUGGGUUGAGCACAAUUUUAAAAAGGUUCUGUCUCACCCAGAUCCUGUUUGAAGCUCAACUCAUUUUGAUUGAAAGAGAUUUGAGACAAGAAUUUCAGAAGAGAAAAAUGUGUGUUACACCUGGACAUACAUACACAUGUAAUAGGGAUUGUAUUCCUUCUAGUCUAAGACAAGAGAUUCUAUGGUAAAUUAUAAAAAAAAAUUAGUUUUUUUUUCUAGCAUUGUAUUGUCACCAGAAAGAAGAGUGCUGAAUUCUCUGUUUCUGCAUUUCCCAAUAAUAAAUCUCCUAGGAGAGAUAACUUUUUGCAGUUGUGCCCCUCACCCAUUUUCUCUCUGGCUUGCUUUAUUUCCCACAUAUGAAUACACACACAGCAGAUACAUCAUGCACAAACUUUUUUUAAUGUGUAAUCUGUAAAUCUAGGCCCAUUAAGUUUUCAUUGAAGUUGGGAAACUGUUGAGGACUUACUUUUGUUCUUCACCGUGCGUGCACUUUGCCAAGGAUCUUUGGUAACCAAUAAAACGAUCAUGUUCACUCUGAA